AUGAUACCGUUGCAACACCAGCUAAGAAAACUUUAUCUUUGUGAAAUCAAAUUAAGACCAUGUGAUGCUGAUAGGUUAGCCGCUAAUUGUCGUUAUUUCGACUGUUGCAAGAACUAGUUUUAACUAAUGUUGAUGUUGCGGACAGGAAAUGUGAAAAAAUCUUUAGUGCGAUAAAAUUGUUGAAAAAUUUGAAAAAGCUUGAUCUUGGGGGUAUGAAAGUAAAUAACGGGAAAGCCUUCAUCAAAAGCCUGUCGUCUCUUUCAUUUUUGGAGGAAAUAGUGUUUCCGGAUGUUUUAAUGCAUGAUCAUAGUGUCGCAGGAUUUUUUGAUGCUUUAACAUCAUUAAGAUAUUUGAAAUACCUUGAUUUUGGGCGGUCUACGAUUACCCAAGUUGGUGCUGUAACUUUAGCUGAGGUGUUACCAUCACUGCAGUUGUUGGAAAAGCUAGUGUUGGGAAAUAUUGGGUUCGAUCAUGAAUGCCAAAAGUAUCUGUUUCAUGCUGUAGGAAAAUUGGAAUAUUUAAAGGAACACGAUUUCGGGUGGUCUAAGUUUACCCAAACUGGCGCUGUAACUUUAGCUGAGGUGUUACCAUCACUGCAGUUGUUGGAAAAGCUAUUGUUGAAUAAUAUUGGGUUUGAUGAUGAAUGCCAAAAACACCUGUUUCAUGCUGUAGGAAAAUUGAAAUAUUUAAAGGAACUUGAUUUAGGGAGUUCUACGAUUACUCAAACUGCCGCUGUAACUUUAGCCUGCAUGGCAGGCGGUUCCUAAAAUUGGGCAAGCCUGGGAAAUACCGCCUGCUGGGUUUGGCAGUGUAAUCGAAUUCCCCGUCCACCAGUGGACGGGAAUUGAUGAUUGGCUACGAGUCUGAGCCGCUGUCACUCAAAAGUGAAUGCACUUUAAUAUGUAAACAUACGUUUGACACUUUAAUGAUGCAUGCGUUCGCUUACAAGUAAUAGGUGUUGUAAAACUGAACGCUUCUCGAAAGAAACGCGAACUGAUUGUCAAACGCGAGCAAGAGAUAGCAGUUAAAGAUUUACUCCUUGGAAAGAAUGUUUUGGCUAUUCUAUGGGAAAAGCUUGAUUUUUACACUAUUCUUGUUGGCGAGAGAAAAUAUAACGAGAAUAGAUACAGACGGCCGUAUAGUCUUUCUUGCAACGGGUUUUAUAACAGGACUAUUAGUCUAUUACGCCUAUGCCUAUUAAUAGCCGCUUCACUUUCGUUACCACACGGCUUCGUUAGGGAGACGAGACAGUUCAUAUUGGCAACUGAGGUUUUUAAUAUACAACUGUCUAUUUGUUCGAACGUACACAGGCAACGCGUUUAUGUCUCGUUUGAUUAUGGCAAUCAGUUCGCUUGCAUUUCGGAUAUUUACACGGUUUACAAACUUGGUCGGAUAGUUCCGAGGUAGAAUUAACUUCGAUUCCUAAAUGAACUGAACCGGCAAUUCGGCUUAUUUCGGCCAAGGUUUUACCACUGUCGUAACGUUUCUUUUGCUUGACUUAAAUAAAUAAUUUCUCCAACGAUAUAUAAGAAUAUAUGAUAUUUUCUCUAUUGGCGUAUUGCCCCGUAUUUUAGUUUCAAAGCACACUUAAACAAACGACAAGUCAUUUACAUUUUCCGCGCUUGCUUUUCUACCUCUUGUCGUUAUUCAUCUUAUUCGGUCCUGAUUGAAACUUUCAAUGGCGUUUCUUUCGACAUAUUUUUACAGUAAACAUUUGCAAUUUUGCGACCAAACAAUAACAUAGUUUGACAGUUUGAUUAUUAAUAUAUUUACUGUUUGCUGAUUGGCUAAUUGGACCCGGACAAAAAAGUGGGCGGUUAUCAAAUUACACUGCCAAACCCAGCAGGCGGUAUUUUAGACCGCCUGCCAUGCAGGCUACUGUAACUUUAGCUGAGGUGUUACCAUCACUGCAGUUGUUGGAAAAGCUAGUGUUGAAAGGGAUUGAGUUUGAUGAUGAAUGCCAAAAACACCUGUUUCAUGCUGCAGGGAAAUUGAAAUAUUUAAAGGAACUUGAUUUAGGGUGGUCUACGAUUACCCAAACUGGCGCUGUAAGUUUAGCUGAGGUGUUACCAUCGUUGGAGUUGUUGGAAAAGCUGGUAUUGAAAAAGAUUGGGUUUGAUGAUGAAUGCCAAAAACACCUGUUUCAUGCUGUAGGAAAGUUGAAAUAUUUAAAAAAAACUUGA